AGCAUAAAGAAUAUCUUUGGUGCUCUAAAAAUUAUUCUAGUAUUUCUCAUCAUACAGACGCUUUUCUUGGAAAUGAACUUGUUGAAAUUGUUGAAAAAAUUGGACCUGAAAAAUUAGCUGCUGUAGUAUCUGAUAAUGGAUCAAACGUUCGUAUUGCUCGAGAGAUUCUUUGCAAAAAAUAUCCACAUAUUUUGAAUCUUCGGUGUAUACCACAUUGUAUUAAUUUAAUUACUGAAGAUUUAUGCAAACAUAAAUAUGUUGUAGAAAUGAUUCGUAAAAUAGGCGUUCUUUAUAAAUACUUUACAAAAUCUCAUGUAACAU